CUGAGAGGUACACUUUGUUCUCUUGUAAUAGCAGUUAUUUCAUUGUGCAUCGUAGCCUCCUGCAAAACAAGUCAACGCAUCCGUCAAUAUGUCCAAUUUGAACAUCAGCAGUCUCUUUAGCGUUAAAGACAUGAUCUUCGUGAUCACUGGGGGCGGUUCCGGUAUCGGAGCCAUGUUCGCCAAAACACUCGCGACAAACCAUGCCUCUAAAGUCUACAUUCUUGGUCGACGUAUUCCUGCCCUUGAAUCCGUCGCUUCAGAUUUUCCGAAAAUUAUCAUCCCAAUACAAUGCGACAUCACCUCCAAAGAUUCCCUUUCAGCAGCUGUGUCACGAGUCGAAACAGAAUCCGGUUUCGUAAACUGUGUGAUCGCAAAUUCCGGAGCUACUGGUCCAGACAUGUAUGGUUUGCCGAAAGACCGCAAGCCAAGCUUAGAAGAGGUUCAGAAGUACCUGUGGGAGACGCCAAUGGCGGACUUCACGCAGGCUUAUGAGGUAAACACGACCGCAUGCUUUUACACGCUCGUCGCGUUUCUGGGGUUGCUAGGAAAGGGCAAUGAGAGUGAGGUUGCAAAGAUUAUAGGUGUGAAGAGUCAGUUCAUUGUCACAGGGAGUAUCGGCGCCAUGAGUCGAAGGCCGGGAAUGGGAUUUGCGUAUGCUGGUAGUAAGAUGGCGAUCAUCCAUAUCGUUAAGCAGCUCUCCACGAUGUUGGCGGAUUGGCGAUUUGACAUUCGUGCGAAUUGCUUCUGUCCGGGUGUUUACCCGAGCGAUAUGAGCAAGGGAUUGAUGGGAGAUAACGAUCUCACGGCUGAAGGUUCUAUCUCACCAGAAGUGGUGCCUCUUACACGAGCAGGCACUGCCGAAGACGCUGGCGGUGCGCUCGUCUUCAUGUGCAGUAGAGCUGGCGCUUACACAAACGGCAACGUAUUGAUUUCUGAUGGUGGGCGUAUGUCGAUUGUGCCUGCAACCUAUUAAAUUACAAUAUGAGCCC